AUGGCUUUCAUCGCGUGUACUGUUUUUUAUCUAUGGAUAUAUUGUACACACAUUGUAGUAGCAAAAGAGAAGCCGAUUGUCUUUCAAAACGGCAAUACAAAGUUUAUCCAAGAAUCAUUUAAAACAGGAUGUGAUCACGAUUUUGUGGAGUAUUUUCGAAAGGUUCCGAAUUCCACGUCUCUUCAUACUUUCCGAGUGGUAAAAUUGGCCGCCGACUUUACAAUUGAUAUUACAAUAAAAGUAAUGAAAACGCAGAGAAUAAUGUACAAGAUGGAGAAAUUUAAGGGCUGCGACUUUCUUAACAACCCCAUGCUUACCAAAAUAUUUGGCGAGGCUUACAAUAGUUUGGUGGUUAAUGGAAGUCACUUUAAGUGCCCCAUAAAGCCGAAUGUUUACUAUAUCAAAACGGAUAAAAUGCUGCAGAUGAUACCAAACAUUCAUCCUCCUGGACGAUUUCAGUUGUCGGUGCGGAUAAAAAUGGCUGAGAAUAAAAAGCCAUUCGUAAUGGAAAUUCUUCUAAGAUACCAAAUUGUGCGUAUUAAAUAA